CAAGUCAACAGUAUCAAGCGAGCUCAUUCUUGUGCAUACACGCACCAAUGUCAAGAAACUACAAUCCCCAGAAGCCCUUGUAUCGUUGACUUUGGCAAGGUUUCUGUGGACGUGGGAAAGGGUCUGCUCAGCGCUCACACAAACAAAUGUCCAUGGGUAAAGGUUGCAAUCGAAAUGAACAGCUUGACAUGCACAUUUGAUUCAACAUAUAUAUGUGAAUUAAAAUGUGGCUUAAACCUGAAGAGAUAUUGCUGAAAAAUGCAUUAAAGUUAUGGGUGGCAGAAAAAGGCAACGAAUAUUUCGUAUUACAAAGGAGGCGAGGAUAUGGAGAAGGAGGAGGAGGUUUGACAGGUCUUCUGGUUGGAACUCUUGAUACGAUGAUGGAUUCCACGUCUAAGGUCGCUCCAUUUCGCAUUCUACACCAGACACCAGACUCUCAGAUCUACUGGUCAAUAGCAUGUGGUGGCACCAAGGAGGAGAUCAACCAACACUGGGAGUGGCUGGAGAAGAACAUCAUGAGAACCUUGUCUGUGUUUGACUCCAGCGAUGACAUCACCAGCUUUGUACAGGGCAAGAUCAGAGGGCUGAUUGCUGAGGAAGGGAAGGUGUCAGGCGUGCAGGAGGACGACCCUGAGAAGUUCCGUGAAGCACUGCUGAGGUUUGAGAAAUGGUUUGACCUCCCUCAGAAGGAGAAGCUGGUCACCUACUACUCCUGUAGCUACUGGAGGGGCCGCGUGCCCUGCCAGGGCUGGCUCUACCUCAGCACCAACUUCCUGUCCUUCUACUCCUAUCUGCUGGGCUCUGAGGUGAAGCUUGUAGUCUCGUGGAAUGAGAUCUGGAGGCUGGAGAAAACGUCCAAUGUCAUUCUGACGGAGAGCAUUCAUGUGUUGGCCAAUGGGGAGGACCACUACUUCUCGAUGUUCCUACACCUCAGUGAGACCUUUCUGAUCAUGGAGCAGCUUGCUGACUACUCCAUCAAACGCCUAUUUGAUAAGGAGACCUUCCAGGAAGAGCCCUCCCUCUCAGACCCAUUACAGAUCACCAAGAGAGGCUUGGAAACUAAUGCUAGAAAUGAGCAAUUCCGGGCCUUCUUCAGGCUGCCUAAAGAGGAGAACCUGCUGGAGGUUUAUGAGAGCUUCCUAUGGGUUCCAUUCAGCCACUUCAACACGCUUGGGAAGAUCUGUCUGUCUGAGAGCUACCUGUGUUUCGCUAGCCAGGAUGGCAGCCAGUGCCACGUCAUCAUCCCCAUGAGAGAGGUGAUUGGUGUGGAGAAACCGGACCGUAGCAGCAGGGCUUUGACUGUGUGUGUGCGGGGUAAGAGGGCUCUGAGGUUCUCUGAAGUUCGGGACUUUGAGCGUCUCGGCAAUGCAAUCCGCAGGAGGUGUGGGAUGACUGCCAGUCCUCAACACUCUGCAUCAACUGAGGGCAUCAGAGGGGAGUGCCAAAACCUCAUCAAUCACUUUGAGGACAACCCAGAGGAGGUGGCUAUGAUGGUGGGACAGAAGGAGAGCAGCAAGACUGUCAGCAAUGAGGCCCUCAUGACUGUGUUCCACCCCCAGGAUGCUGAAAACCUGGAUCCCAAAAUGCUAAAGGAGAAGAUGAAGGAGCAGUCAUGGAACAUCCACUUCUCAGAGUAUGGCCGUGGCACCAGUAUGUUCUGUACCAAGAAGACACGAGACCUGAUUGUGCGUGGUGUCCCUGAGGCCUUAAGGGGAGAGCUCUGGAUGCUCUUCUCAGGUGCAGUCAAUGACAUGGCCGCUAACCCUGGGUAUUACAGUGAGAUAGUCGAUAAGUCUCUGGGGACCAGCACCCUUGCCACUGAUGAGAUAGAGAGAGACCUGCACCGCUCCCUACCAGAGCACCCUGCCUUCCAGAGCGACACAGGCAUCUCUGCCCUGCGCAGAGUCCUCACUGCAUAUGCCUACAGGAACCCCAAAAUCGGCUAUUGCCAGGCCAUGAACAUCCUGACGUCGGUCCUGUUGCUCUAUGCUAAAGAGGAGGAGGCUUUCUGGCUGCUAGUGGCUGUCUGUGAGAGGAUGCUGCCUGACUACUUUAACCGCAGGAUCAUUGGUGCCCUGGUGGACCAGGCGGUGUUUGAGGAGCUGAUCCGAAUGCACCUCACCCAGCUGACGGAGCACAUGACAGACCUGACCUUCUUCUCCUCUGUGUCCCUGUCCUGGUUCCUCACCCUGUUUAUCAGUGUCCUGCCCAUAGAGAGUGCUGUCAACGUGGUUGACUGCUUCUUCUAUGACGGCAUCAAAGCCAUCCUGCAGCUGGGCCUGGCUGUGCUCGACUACAACAUGGAGGGUUUGAUCAGCUCCCAUGACGACGCUGAGGCAGUCACCAUCCUCAGCAAGUUUUUUGAUAAUGUGACCAAUAAGGACAGUCCUCUACCACAAACAGUGCAGCAAAACUCAGUGGGGAACAACGACAAAGCAUCAUCGCUCUCCAAGGUGGACAUCAGUGAUCUCAUCAAAGAAGCCUAUGAGAAAUAUGGAGACAUGAAAUCAGAGGAAGUAGAGCGCAUGCGGAAAAGAAACAAACUGUAUGUAAUCCAAACAUUAGAGGAUACGACUAAACAAAAUGUGCUACGGGUAGUGUCACAAGAAGUAAAGUUCAGUGUUCCCCAGCUUGAUAACCUUUAUGCAUUGUUCAAGAGGCAACAUUUCCUCAGCUGCUACUGGACGAUGAACAGCCCAGUGCUGCUACACCACGACCCCAGCCUGGCCUAUCUGGAGCAGUACCAGCUGGGCUUCCAUCAGUUCAGGGUGCUCUUCUCCCUCCUGGAGCCCUGGUCCCUCUGCAGCGGCAACGAUGCCCUCUUCCUCUGGGCCUUCCGCCUGCUGGAUGAGAACCAGGAUGGCCUUGUCAACUUCAAAGAGUUCUGCUGUGCCCUGGACAUUUUGUACAGUGGCACUUUCACCAACAAACUGAAAUUCCUGUUCAAGCUUCAUCUGCCACCAGCUUUCACAGGGAGUCCUUUCCACUCAAAAGGCCAAAGACUUCCUCACUUUAUUCCAAUGACUGACGACCUAUCCCACUUGUGUCGAUUGACUGUGUCUGAUCUCCCAGAAGAUGGCGUGAUCAGGAAAAGCCCUGAAAGAGGCAAAGGGAAAGUGGAUCUGCAGGCCUACCUGAAACAAUGGCAAGAUGAGAUACUAAAGAAAGAGGAGAGCAUCAAGGAUUUACCCAGAAUUAACCAGGCUCAGUUCAUCCAGUUCUCCAAAACGCUCUACAAUCUGUUCCAUGGUGACCCAGAAGAGGAGUCUCUGUACCGUGCUGUGGCUCGUGUCACCAGUCUUCUGCUGAGGAUGGAAGAAGUAGGGCGCAGGCUCCAGGAGCCCACUAGCCCCACCCAGGCUGCCCCAGAGGGGGCUCUACUCAACAGGGAGGCCUGCAGCACCCCUGAGAGAAGCUCAGACACCCCUUGCGCUACCAUCACUCUGGAGGCAGGCUCCAUCCUACAGGAGGUGGAGUGGUCAUUCGCCUUUGAGCAGAUCUUGGCAUCGCUGCUCAACGAGCCUGUCCUUGUGCGCUUCUUUGAGAGGCCUGUGGACAUUCAGGCCCGACUGGACCAUGCCAAGGGUGCUCAGUUGAAAGCUAAGACAAACAAGUGAACUGAAAGAUACACUGUGGUUCUGAACUUCUCAAAGCCAAUAAGUCUCUAUGUUCACCAUUCUCUACUGUUCUUUCUCCGCCUGGUUAGGUAACAGGAGUAGAUUCUAAGCCAACCCUGUUCACUGUAACCAAACGCAAGCAAUACACUCGUAGAGAAUACAUUCACACCUCUUAACGCCUAUAAAUUCCAGUCGUAUCUGGUAGAUUCAUUGUUAUAGUCCUGUCAUCUGCACACCAGCAAACCUGCUCAAGCAUCUUGCUUCUAUGUGCCAAAGUGUUUUUUCUCAUGCAGUCUUAAAUCGCUUCGCUAAUUUUUAGAAACACCAGGCUUUCAAAUUGGGGUAAGUGUGAUCAGUUGACCUGUGUGGAAUAUGUAGGGAGCAGCAACACUCCAGGGUAAUCACUUGAAGUCAACAAUGGAAGUCAAUCAUUGCAUGAAACCAGCACAUGUAGAUGGGAUAGAUAAUUGUAUAUGAUAUCUUUACUGUUGCUCAUCCAUAAUUAUGCAAUGAAUGAAACCUAGAAUGGAGAGAUGAAAGAGACAUCACCAUGUUAUUGUAUUUCUGGGUUUACUUUGUAAUGACGGGAAAUGGCAAAUUUAUUUCUGUUAAUUUUGUGGAGAGGGGCUUUUGAAAACGAUGGGACCACUACUUGCUAAAGGCCCAAGGAAGAUUGUCGGAAUUCUACAUUUCAGUUUUUUUACAACCUAUAUUAUGCUUUUGACUUCAGAUUCCAUUUGAUUUGUUGAAGUAUCAUGAGUGAGGGAAGAGAGGAUGUUGUCAUUGCCAUUUCAAAUCACUUUCAGGACACAAACUAAAAACAAAUUGGAUAGUUGCAGUUGAGGCAACCAAUGUUGUCAAAUGAGGACAUUGUACAAUAUUUUUUAUCUGACUACUGUCUUGAGUCUUCAAGGGAAAUUAAGUAAUGUAUAUAUCAUUUGAUAUACAGAGGAAUGGACAAUAAACAUGUCUUAUGAUUGUUUUCUUUUGAUUGAUGUUGUAUAGUUUAAUUGAUUUUCAAAGGGAUUACUAAAUAUUUUUCAGAGUAAAUGUUAUAUUCAAAUGUUUUUUUUAUCAUGUCUUGUAAAAGGAAAUUCUUGUUGUUUGAUUAUAUUUGUGAGACUGAAGAUGAAAUUAUUUGAUAGGUGUAACUGGUAGUGUGGCCUGUUAAACAUUCCUUUGUAUAUGGUUUUCCUUUUUUGAAGUCCUUUAAAGCAUGAAACUGUGCAUGGGCAUGGGUACCUUAUGAUGAUAACUAAUCAUUCCAAAUGCAACACAGUUGGUUCUGAAUGACUUUAUUUCUUGGUUUGAUGUGGACUGUAAAAUGCAGACUUUUUGUCAUUGUUUAUUGAAAAAACCCGCUUCAAUGUCCUCUGUGUAUUAUGGAUAUUCAUAUUUUACAUAAGCAGUUAUAAAUGUUUAUUUUUUUCAAAAUUAGUCUGUCAGGAAAAGGACAGCUGAGCAACUUUUACAUGGUUUGUAUUUUCUGUAUUUGAGCGUUCUUCCUCAGUGCCAUCUGCGUGCAAAAUCAAACCUUGCGGUUAUAUUAUAGUCUCAUAAAUAGACCCCUUAUCCCACACCAAUAAUCACUUGGCUUAGUAAAUAUUUCUAAAAUGCUGUUCCUUGUUAUAAUAGCUGCUAAGAUGAAUAUAUGUAUUUCUCACUUUAAAGCCUUUACUUGACAGCACAAUAUUGUAAAAUAUCAUAGAGAGGUAGCUACUCUGCAUUAAAAAAAAAUCAAUGUAGUAAAGUUAUAAGAGCCCAUAUUCAUUGGAGAACAAGUGUUAGUGUUGGAAAUUAGCAGUUUACUCUUUACAUUGCAUUAGUGGUGACUUGAGCGGGAAGUUAAAUUCACCCGUGAACAAGUCUAUUAAAAUAUUUGCAGGGCAAUUACCUUUUGAAAUGCCACAAUUCUCAAUUUGUCAUGAUAGAUUGUUGUGGACUACACUCACAUUUAGAAAUAAAGAGAUUGUGUAUAGGCUUUAUUGGUUAUGCUCUAGAUGUGUAGUCAGAUCUUUAUCAACUUGAUGCAAUACAUAGGAUAAUUGCGUAUUACCAGUGAAACCAUAUUACGUUACCUUUUAUUUUACCUUUAAGCUAUUUACGCUUUAAGAUGUAUUUGGGCCUACUUAUUGUAAAUGUAAUUGCUUGGUUGCCAAUUAAUGGUCUUAAUUACAAUAAUCACAGCUAACGUUAUUAUAAUUUAAGUCUAUACUGCCUGUUUUUGUUGGGGGGGGCGGUUCUGGAGGAAAAUUAAUCCUUUGGAAUGUUAUGUAGUUUUUGAUCUGCCUGUGCCUACCACAAGUGGCACUUUAUGUGAAUGUCAAACAUCUUGAAAUGAAAUAAAAUGUUACAAUGUAAUAAAAUAAUCUUAGACAUCAAA